AUGUUGUCCAACCCGCUGCACCGCUUCUCUCCUUACCACGGCAUGCCGCCAAACACUCUCUUCUCCAGUACUCACGUCCCCAAUGGGCACCCUCACGCUGCCGGGCUUGACCCGCUUGCCCCAAGCUCGCAUUCGCAUUAUGCGCUUCAGCAACUACAACAUGUCGGAGUGCACAACCAGCAUCUUGCUCGCGCAGGGCCGCAGCACAAACAUCGACAACAUCCAUAUGGACCUGCAGCUAGAACAUCUAGCGCUUCUGGCCCCAUCCGCAGGAGGAUCAGUCGAGCAUGCGACCAGUGCAACCAGCUCCGCACCAAAUGUGAUGGGCAACAUCCUUGUGCCCAUUGCAUCGAGUUCGGGCUGGGUUGUGAAUACAUCCGGGAAAGGAAAAAAAGAGGCAAGGCAUCUCGAAAGGAUCUUGCCGCACAGGCGGCUGCACAGGCAGCAGCGUCAGGCCAAGGACCGAAGUCGCCCUCUGACGAGAAUGGGCAGUCCUCAGAGCAAUCUGAGUCAAUGAGCGCCAAGUCUGGGCAACCUCUUGCAAACGACACGCAACAGAGCAAUAGCGGAAAGAUCAUGGAUGACCUUGGCGAAGAUGCUAUGCGGCGAAGCCAACGAACGAGCUCACUAGAUAGUCUCGGAGACAUUGCCGGUCAUCAGCCGCAUCUGGCGGCUCAUCACGGUAUGGAGAGGGACCAUCUAGAAAGCUCAACUACGCUAGAUCUCAAUGGCUAUGGAAGUGUCCAUGGCGGAUACGACAGACAAGGCCUAGGGUCACACAUAAUGGCAGGCCCCGCUCAUCCCAGUUACGGCUCAAGCCAGGGAAACAUUCCGGCAUACCCUGAUAUACCAUACGCGAUCCAGACGCAAAGCCCGACAGCAUAUGCCAACGGAGCACCUUUCCGCAUCGCAGCGAGUCCUAUUAGUGCGUAUCCUCUAACAGGCGAGCCGACUUCCCCGGAGUGGAUAUCAAUGUCAUCUCCGCCGACGCAGUAUCCAACUCAUCUACCCUCCAGCGGUUACCUCCAACCAACCCAGCAGCUGCGGUACCCAGUCCUACAGCCUCUACUCCCGCAUCUCGGAAACCUCAUCCCUAUUUCACUAGCAUGCGAUCUGAUUGAUCUUUACUUUGCGUCAUCGUCUUCGGCAGUGAUGCAUCCAAUGUCGCCGUACGUUUUGGGCUUCGUAUUCCGGAAGAGAUCCUUCCUCCAUCCUACCAAGCCGAGGUUUUGCCAACCGGCUCUCUUGGCGAGUAUUUUAUGGGUUGCAGCUCAAACUAGCGAUGCGCCUUUCUUGACCAGUGUUCCUUCGGCACGCGGGAAGAUUUGCCAAAAAUUGCUGGAGUUAGCAGUGAGCUUGCUCAAGCCAUUGAUCCAUACGCCGUCCGGUGACACAUCCCCCGUUACAAGCCCCGUCAUUGAUGGCGUCGCUCUUGGUGGGCUUGGGGUUGCACUUCCUGGGUCUAUCAGCAUGGAUGCUCUUACUGGAGAAUCUGGGCCAUUUGGCGCCGCCGGUACAUUGGACGAUGUUAUUACUUAUAUUCAUCUUGCUACAGUGGUCUCUGCGAGCGAAUACAAAGGCGCAAGCCUCCGAUGGUGGAAUGCGGCCUGGUCUUUGGCUCGCGAGUUGAAGCUUGGGCGCGAACUGCCUCCAACCCCGCUAUCUCUCAGUCAAAAUCACGAGACGGAUGCUGAUGGCGAGGAUGAGGAUGGAAUGAACGGCAAUGGACACCCUGGCGUCAUAACAGAAGAAGAACGCGAGGAGCGUCGCCGCAUAUGGUGGUUGACAUACAUCGUCGACCGUCAUUUGGCUCUCUGCUACAACCGACCCCUCUUUCUACUUGACCUCGAAUGCGCUGGCCUGCUGCAACCCAUGGACGAUACCGCGUGGCAGAAUGGCGACUUCCGGCAAACUGACAACACUACGGACCCAAGUCUUGGAGACGGUCGUGUCCGCGGUCCCCAUUUUGAGUGUACGGGACACAGCAUUUUUGGCUACUUUCUACCGCUCAUGACUAUACUGGGCGAGAUCGUCGACCUACACCAUGCUCGAAACCACCCGCGAUUCGGCGUGGGAUUCCGCUCGGCUCGCGAGUGGGACGACCAAGCGAGCGAAAUCACUCGUCAUCUCGAAGCGUACGAGCAGAGCUUGAGAAGGUUCGAAAAACAACAUCUCACCCGGCAUAACGUCAACUUGGAUGACAAGGGUGAAGUCGUUAACCCGGAGAAUGUGGAACACGGUCCCAUCUCCGACAUCGGGACGCCGUCCGUACAUUCUGUGCACACCAACGCGUCGAACCGCAUGACGGAAAGCGACAUCCAGACGAAGAUCGUCAUGGCCUACGGAACGCAUGUUAUGCACGUCUUGCAUAUACUUCUCGCCGGAAAAUGGGAUCCCAUCAACCUCAUUGACGACAACGACCUGUGGAUCUCCUCUCAGGGGUUCAUCACCGCCACGGGGCAUGCCGUCUCGGCCGCCGAGGCUAUCAGCAACAUCCUUGAGUUCGACCCAGGUUUGGAGUUUAUGCCUUUCUUCUUCGGCAUUUACUUGCUGCAGGGAUCUUUCCUCUUGCUUCUCAUUGCCGAUAAGCUUCAGCUCGAGGCAUCACCAAGUGUCGUUAAGGCUUGCGAGACAAUUGUCCGCGCUCAUGAGGCCUGCGUUGUGACGCUCAACACAGAGUAUCAGCGCAACUUCAGCAAGGUUAUGCGCAGUGCUCUGGCGCAGGUUCGCGGCCGCGUGCCCGAAGAUCUCCACGAGCAACACCAGCGCCGGCGAGAGCUCCUUGCGUUGUACCGCUGGACUGGCGACGGCACUGGGCUAGCACUCUGA